AGCAAAGCAAAGCAAAGUACCAUUCUUUCUUUUUUAUACUUAACAAAUCUCAAAGCUCAAAGCUUUUUCUCACUCUCUUCUUCUUCUUCUUCAAUGGCAUCCAACCAUAAGCCCGGCUUUGAUGGCAUUCAAGCACCCCCUUCUCUACCCCAACCCUACACCAUCCGCCCUCUCUCCUCCUCUUCCUCCUCCUCCUCCUCGCCCUUGCCUGGCUACAUCCUCCGCGGCGCCGCCGUGUUGCUCACUUUCAUCUCUGCUAUCGUUAUGGGCGUUGCCAAGCAGACCAAGACCAUCACUAUCAACGACCCAUCCACUCUCACCUCUCAGACCAUCACCGGCACCGUCAAAUCCACCUAUGCCGCUGCCUAUGUAUACUUCAUAAUAAUCAAUGUGCUUGUCUUUGUAUACUCCGCGGCCGCCCUUGCAAUAUCAAUCGCCAAUCGGGCAAGUUCUAGUAAUCUAGAACUCCCAUUCAACAUUGCCGAUUUAUUGGUGGCAAUACUCCUCUUCUCUUGCAAUAGCGCGGCUUCAAAUACAAGUGUCAUAGCGAGUAACGGUAGCGAUCGCCUUGGUUGGACUAAGAUUUGUGACAUUGUCGGGAGCUUUUGCGGGCAGGCCACCGCCGCGAUUGUCCUCUCUAUGUUCGCGGCAUUGGCCUAUGUCUUGCUUGUCGUUCUCGGUAUCAUUAAUCUCCACAAGAGAUCUCUCUGAUGAUUUCCACUUGUAUCAUGUUUCUGUCCGUUUUGUUGGUUUAUGUUUUCUUUUUUGUCUGUUGUUAUUGUUGUUGUUUUUACAAGUUCAAUUCAAGUGUGCAAUGUAUCAAAUAGUUAAGUUUUUGAGGUUUGUUUUUACAGAGUUACAGAGUCAAAGAAGAAACAGAUUGGUGUAAAACUUUGUAUACAAUUUGUGUUGUUGUUUUGAAUAGAAGAAUAGAUUUACGUUGUGUUA